AUGGCCACAGUGGUAGAACUGAGCCCUACAACGGAGCAGAGUGAGUUCGACCUAGGUACAGCCGUGAACAAGAAGACCCCUCCCCGGAAAGUCCCGAGUUUAUGUUCCAUGCGCUAUGGAAUAGCCUUCAUCGCACAUUUCUGCAACUUUACAUUGCUAGCGCAGAAUUCCAUCAUAAGCAUCACCAUGGUAGCCAUGGUCAACAACACCGACCACCUCCCACCCCACCUCAAUAGCUCUGCUGAACGACUUCCUGCUGUUUUAAACAGUAAUCAGCCUGAAGCCUCAAAGCAUCUUUCUUUAAAGGCCCCUGUGUAUAACUGGAGUCCUCAAACCCAAGGAAUCAUCUUCAGCUCUGUCCAGUAUGGCAUGAUGCUGAUGCAGGGUCCUGGCGGAUACUUGGCAGGGAAAAUCGGAACGAAGAAGGUGGUUGGAAUUGCUCUGCUUGGAUCUUCCCUGCUCACUCUCUGCACCCCACUGGCUGCCAGGCUGGGACUAGCUUUUCUCCUGGCAACUCGAGCAGUUCAGGGCUUAACCCAGGGCACUGGAUAUGGCGGACAGUUUGCACUCUGGCAGAGAUGGGCUCCUCCGAAUGAACGCAGCCGACUCUGCAGCAUUGCUAUGUCAGGAAUGAUAUUGGGAAUCUUUACUGUCCUCCUUGUGGGCGGCAUCAUUACUGAAGCCCUUGGGUGGCCCUUUGUCUUCUAUAUUUUUGGAGGUAUUGGUGUGGUCUGCUGCCUUCUCUGGGUCAUUCUGGUUUAUGAUGACCCUGUCUCUCAUCCAUGGAUAAGCGUCCCAGAAAAGGAGUAUAUUUUAUCCUCUCUGAACCAACAGUUCAGCUCAGAAGAGCAGCCACUUCCGAUCAAAGCUAUGCUCAAAUCUCUGCCUCUCUGGUCCAUGGGUCUUUGCAUUAUGACCCAUCAGUGGCUUAUUAACACCUUUGUAAUAUACACUCCAACCUACAUCAGUUCUGUGUUCAGCGUCAACAUCAGAGACAAUGGUUUCCUGUCUUCUCUUCCCUUUUUUGUUGCCUGGGCCAAUGGCAUCCUUGGAGGCCAGCUGGCAGAUUUUCUACUGAGCAAAAAUUUUAGGCUCAUAACUGUGAGAAAAAUCGUCACAAUUUUAGGAAAUACUCCUUCUGCAGUCCUCAUUGUGGUUCUGCCCUAUGUCCAGUCCAGUUAUAUUACAACAAUUACAUUCCUGACACUCUCCUGUGGACUAGGCUCUCUGUGUCAGGCAGGAGUCUAUAUUAAUGCGUUAGAUAUUGCGCCAAGGUAUGCCAGCCUUCUCAUGGGAACAUCAAGAGGAUUCGCACAUUCUUCUGCUGUGCUGGUACCCAUUGUUGCUGGGUUUUUCCUCAGUCAGGACUCUGAAUUCGGGUGGAGGAAUUUAUUUUUUGUAUUGUUUGCAAUUAACCUAUUUGGCUUAAUCAUCUACCUCGUGUUUGGGAAAGCAGAUAUUCAAGAAUGGGCUAGAGAGAGGAAGCUCACUCGUUUGUAA